GACACCUACUCGACGCUUGCGAAAAAUACGCUCGGUCGUAUUUUAACAAGCUGAAGGACGCGUACAGCACACUGUAGUCACUCCUCUAUCCGACCGUUGCGUCCCAUCUCUUUGAAGAAGCCGCUUUUGUAGCGCGCGCGCAGAGGAUUAAUAAGGUGGAAUCAGAAUUACUCCUAAAUCUUCACAUGAAACAUUUCUCCCCGGAGAGGACGAUGCUGCUGACGCCGCCGCCGUCGACGUGUGCCUAAAAAGUCGGCUUCUCAACUUGCGACCAGACCGCCAUUCAUCCAGAUUGCUUCCUCUCCCGCUGCAGCUGCAGUCUGAUGCAGAGCUGAAGUUAGGUGUAUGUGCCGAGGCGGUAUGCCCCGGGGAAUAGUGCUGACAGUGCACUAGGAGUCUGAACCUUGUCAGUAUUUGCGGCUGAGGAGGAGAGGUGCCGUGCCGAGCCGUCCUUUGCCCGUGCUGUGUUUGACGCCAUGUCCCUGACUGACAAACACAAAGUGAAGAGGCAGAGACUAGAUCGGAUCUGCGAAGGUAAACUUAUGAGUAUUCGGCCCCAAAUCAUGAACGGGCCAAUGCAUCCGCGCCCCUUGGUGGCGCUGCUGGACGGGCGCGACUGCACCGUGGAGAUGCCCAUCCUGAAAGACUUGGCCACUGUCGCCUUCUGCGACGCUCAGUCCACGCAGGAGAUCCACGAGAAGGUGCUCAACGAAGCCGUGGGAGCCAUGAUGUACCACACCAUCACCCUCACCAGAGAGGACCUGGAGAAGUUCAAAGCCCUCCGCAUCAUUAUACGCAUCGGCAGCGGAUACGACAACAUCGACAUCAAGGCUGCCGGAGAGCUGGGCAUUGCUGUGUGUAACAUCCCCUCGGCAGCUGUGGAGGAGACGGCCGACUCCACCCUCUGCCACAUCCUCAACCUUUACCGGCGGAACACCUGGCUCUACCAGGCUCUCCGGGAGGGCACGCGGGUCCAGAGCGUGGAGCAGAUCCGCGAGGUGGCGUCCGGCGCCGCCCGCAUCCGCGGCGAGACCCUCGGCCUCAUCGGCUUCGGUCGGUCGGGCCAGGCGGUGGCGGUGCGGGCCAAGGUGUUCGGCUUCAACAUCAUCUUCUACGACCCGUACCUGCAGGACGGCAUGGAGCGCUCGCUGGGCGUCCAGCGCGUCUACACCCUGCAGGACCUGCUCUACCAGAGCGACUGCGUCUCCCUGCACUGCAACCUGAACGAGCACAACCACCACCUCAUCAACGACUUCACCAUCAAACAGAUGCGUCAGGGCGCGUUCCUGGUCAACACCGCGCGGGGGGGCCUGGUGGAUGAGAAGGCACUGGCCCAGGCCUUAAAGGAGGGCAGGAUACGCGGUGCCGCCUUGGACGUUCAUGAGACGGAGCCAUUUACUUUUUCUCAGGGCCCGCUGAAAGACUCUCCAAACCUGAUCUGCACGCCACACACAGCCUGGUACAGUGAGCAGGCCUCUCUGGAGAUGAGGGAGGCAGCCGCCACCGAGAUCCGGAGAGCCAUCACAGGCCGUAUCCCCGACAGCCUAAGAAACUGCGUCAACAAGGAGUUCUUCGUCACCACGGCCCCCUGGGCACUGAUGGACCAACAGGGCGUCCACCCUGAGCUCAACGGCGCCGCCUACAGAUACCCACCGGGCGUAGUUGGCGUGGCUCUCGGCGGCAUGCCUGGGGCGUUAGAGGGCAUGGUGCCGGGCAUCGCCCACUCCCUGCCCUCCGGUACACACCCCUCCCAGGCCCCGUCGCCCAACCAGCCCUCCAAACACGGCGAGACCAGAGAGCACCUCACCGAGCAAUAGCAGCAGAAAGGAUCUCAUCCGACGUGUCGACGCUCAAGCAGCCGACCGACUGGGACCAAGAGACGGUGAAACAACACGAGCGGUCCGCCGGUGAAACCCGGUGAAACCCGCCGGGAACAAAGGAGGUGUUCCGGGAAUUUGUACUUUUAAUGUUUUAGUUUCUACUCUGUCUCUUUGGGUUCAGUACCGACUUUACUCUUUGAUGAUGGGGUUUUUGUGUUUUUCUCCGGGACAUGCCUAUGUUUGUGGACAGUCGAGUGUUUUUCGCGCUCCGGGAUCAACCGAUGAGACUCUGUCCCGCCCCGUUCACCUCGGAGCUCACGGGAGACGUAGGCCCACAUUUUCAACACGCCAACGGGAGAACAAGAGAGAAAAAACACUUUGGCAUCAUGUGCUACUGGACCUUCUCUCCCCUCCCCCAACCUCCUCCUGACCCACCUUUCCUUUCUCCAGCUCCGACCUUCCCUAUGUAACUAACGUGUGUUGUUUAGCCCCCUCAUUAUGCCUCAGAAGAAAAUUAUCAUUUUGUUUUCUUUCAAUCUUCUGUGUGAAUGACUACAAAUGGAUUACUAUAUAUAUUUAUCAUUCGUCAAACAAAAAAAAAGACUGCUCAUCCGUUCUCGUAAUCUAGUGUGGGUUUUAACCCUUUCCUGGCAAUAACAUACGACAGCCGUUGCAGUUCUAGGACUUCACCACUUGAGGGCGCUUCUACGCUGUGGGGGAUUUCUUCUGCACGUUGACACCAUAAGUUGCUCCAAUAUAUGUUGUGUGAAUACUUUUUUUUAAUAAGCUGUAAACACUAAACAAACAUUCACUUUAUACAUUUGAUUGUAGCUGAAUUAACUGGAUUUAGAGGGAGUUUCCAGCGAAGUAUUGAACCGUUCUCCCCGAGUGUGUUGGUGAUGUGUCGCUGUGAAGGAGGAACUCAUUUUUUUUUUAGAAUCAUAAAAAGUUUGUUGUGACUCAUCUGAUUUCUGAUGACCCGAUAUCAACUUAGUGGCAGCAGCACACAUUGUGACCUCCGCCCCCUCCCCCCUCUGUUCUUUGAGCACAUUUCACACUGAAGACAGGAAAGGGUUAAAGCAAACUUACUUUCAUUAAUGACUCAGGAAAUCACUUUUUUGCAGACAUCGUUUAUUCCCAGAAUUCUGUCUUUGAGAAAAAAAGAAGAAAAAAAAAGAUGACUAAUCUGCUUAGUCUGGAUAUUUCCUCUCCUCCCUCAUCCUCUCCAUUGUGGUAUUUUUAUAUACAAGGCGCAUCCCACGUUUUUGGUGUUAAAGAGUUUUGAAGAGUCCUGUUAGAUUUGUAUUGCCUAGUUCAAUGUUGCUAUAACCAUAGUCCUAUGUGAUCCACCCUUUUUCUUCUCUCCUUAUAUUUUCUUUGUUCUAUUGAAGGCCAGGUCCUUUGGGGCGUCCUGUACUCUGUAAGAGCAAUAGCAGAAACUCCUUAGUGUCCCAACAAUAGCAGAAGAGGCAGCCAGCAGUACGUUUUUGUUUUUAGUGUGAGUAUUUGUAUUCGUUUCUUGUACAAGGUGAACAUUUAGCAUUCAGUGCAGUUCAAAUAAAAAAUAUGAUUCUGAGAACCAGC